ACCGUACACUCCAUGCGGCCGUACCGGUGACCCUCCCCCAAUUAGCAAUCAAUAACGUCCAUUUCAGCGAUACAAAAUAGCUUUUUAGUUGACGCCCGAUAAACCAUGAAAUUCCCGCACGGACUAAACUAUUCGUAAAAUGUUUCCGAACCAGUUUACAGUCGUUCUUUAGUGUAUUAAAAAUGUGUGGCUCUCGAUUUUGUACAAGUUGAACAAGUGAACGGCAAACGAUGAGACAAUACGAGGAUGUAGUGUUGCCGACAUGAAUAUAGCUAGAGUCGCCGGGGAAAACUGCAGAAUGUCCUGGACAUUCCCAGCGAUAAUAAUCCUAUUCGUCCCACUGUUGAACAUGGCGAGCUCAAGAGGCGAACUUUUGAAACUCAACUCUGCGCUCGCAUGCCGUUUCGUUCGCGGCCUGACCCGUGAACAGAGGACCAUCUGCCAUGAUGCGCCGGACACCGCGUCUGUCGCCUUCGAAGGUCUGCAGCUGGCUGUGAAGGAAUGCCAGCAUCAGUUCCGCUGGCAUAGGUGGAACUGUACAAGCCUGUUGACGAAGAGUUCUAACCCGCAUGCUAGCGCGCUGAUGAAGCGAGGUUUCCGCGAGUCCUCGUUCCUGUACGCGCUUACCGCCGCGGGUGUGGUCCACUCGAUAGCCCGCGCCUGCGCACAAGGUCGCCUGCUAUCUUGUGGUUGCGACCCCGUGGGGUACCGGGCCUCCCACGACCCCAGAGGGCGGUUGCGCGCCAACAAAUGGGAGUGGAGCGGCUGCUCGCACAACCUGGCGUAUGGCAUCGAGUUCUCGAAGAAGUUUCUGGAUGUUAGAGACCAGGUGGACGAUCUGCAGUCGAAGAUUAAUGUGCAUAACAAUAAUGCGGGUAGAUCGAUAUUAGCAUCUCACAUGGAGGUCCGGUGCAAAUGCCACGGGCUAUCCGGGAGUUGCCAAGUGCGCACGUGUUGGCGAGCAACACCAGACUUCAGAGUUGUAGCGACCACUAUUAAGAGGCAGUAUCGUAAGGCUUUGAUGGUUGCUCAAGAAGAGCUUAAUAACGGUGUGUCAAUAUUAAGAGGAAGGCCUCGCGGGAGAAGGAAGAGUCGACCGCGACCGGCGCCUAAAACGAGCCUCUUGUUCUUCGAAAAAUCGCCCAGUUUCUGCGAAGCGGAUCCCAAGCUCGAAUCAUCAGGCACAUCAGGCCGAGUCUGCCGUACUGGCAGAACAUCGCGGACCGGCUCUUGCGACUUGCUGUGCUGUGGUCGAGGCCACGACCUCAUCAGGAAGUCCAGCAUCAAGCCGUGUAACUGCACCUUCCACUGGUGCUGUAGAGUUGACUGUCAGAAGUGCCAGGAUGACAAAUGGGUUGCGGUUUGCAAAUGAAAAUGCAAAAUGAAUUAACGCACAGAAAUUCUACGUUAUAUUUCUGAUUUCUUUGAGUUUGUUGUAGUGAAUUCUAACGCAACAUACCAGAUUUCUUUGUGUUGUAGACUUCUAAAGGACUCAAAUAUUGUAAACAUUGGCCCUGUUGUUGUUCAUUGAUUAUGAGAAUAAAAAUACAAGUGAAUAUUUAACAAAAAUGCUUAAUCUAAAGGCCCGUGGCACAAUUACAUAUCGCUAUUCAAGACACAUUCGCAUUAGACGAGUGUUAUGUAAAUUAAUUUUAGGAAAAUAAAACUAAGAAAACAGAA